CAUGUUCUGUUAGUGGGUCCUACACUUCAAAUUUUGAUCCUUUUUGAGAGCUUCCACCUUAACCUUAUCAGGACACACUGAAACAACAGCUGUGUGGCUAACUAACUGCUUCCCCUUCCCUCCGUUUUCCUCCCUGCCCAAACACAAACAAACAAAACCAAACCAAACAUAUAAACCUCAGAGUCUUCAAACUCUUUCACUUAACACUUUCUCGUCCGUUUCUCUCCAGGGGUUUUACACUUUUCUUUUCCUUCCUCUUCCAUGGCUUCCUCUAUCUUAACUUCCUCCAUGUUAGCUCCUUUCUCUUCUUCCUCCUCCUUCAAGUCAUCUAUUUUCCUUCCCCCUACUUCCCUUCUCUUCCCUUCUUCCAAACCUACUUUCUCUUCAUAUCCCUCUCAAUCGUUCGCCAAAUCCUUUCUCAUUUUUUCCUCUUUAAACCCCAACCUUCCCUCUCCUCUGCGCCGCCCUGCGUAUGUUCCCAACCAUAUUCCCGAUCCCAACUACGUCCGCAUCUUCGACACCACCCUCCGUGAUGGCGAGCAAUCCCCCGGCGCCACCCUGACUUCCAAGGAAAAACUUGACAUUGCUCGUCAACUAGCGAAGCUUGGUGUUGAUAUAAUUGAAGCUGGGUUUCCAGCUGCCUCAAAAGACGAUUUUGAAGCUGUUAAAGCUAUUGCUAAGGAGGUUGGGAAUGCAGUGGAUGAGAAAGGGUAUGUACCUGUUAUUUGUGGACUUUCUAGGUGUAAUGAGAAGGACAUUGAAACGGCUUGGGAGGCGGUUAAGUAUGCGAAAAGGCCUAGGAUUCAUACCUUUAUCGCUACGAGCGGGAUUCAUUUGGAGUAUAAGUUGAGGAAGAGCAAAGAGGAGGUUUUGGAUAUUGCUAGGACUAUGGUUCGGUUUGCUAGGAAUUUGGGUUGCAAGGAUGUCGAGUUUAGCCCCGAAGACGCUGGCAGAUCUGACAGAGACUUUUUAUAUGAGAUUUUGGGUGAAGUGAUCAAGGCUGGAGCUACAACUCUUAACAUACCUGAUACCGUUGGCAUAACGAUGCCCAGCGAGUUUGGGCAAUUAAUUGCUGAUAUAAAAGCCAAUACCCCUGGAAUUGAAAAUGCUAUAAUUUCAACACACUGCCAAAAUGAUCUUGGGCUUUCUACUGCCAACACUUUAGCGGGAGCUUGUGCAGGUGCAAGGCAAGUGGAAGUAACAAUCAAUGGCAUUGGGGAAAGAGCUGGAAAUGCUUCAUUGGAGGAGGUUGUGAUGGCCUUGAAAUGUCGUGGUGAGCAUGUGUUAGGAGGUCUUUAUACAGGAAUCAAUACCCGACACAUUGUGAUGGCAAGCAAAAUGGUGGAAGACUACACAGGGUUACAUGUGCAGCCACAUAAGGCUAUUGUUGGAGCCAAUGCUUUUGCUCAUGAAAGUGGUAUCCACCAGGAUGGAAUGCUAAAGCACAAAGGUACUUAUGAAAUUAUAUCUCCUGAAGAUAUCGGGCUUGAACGGUCCAAUGAAGCUGGUAUUGUCCUUGGAAAACUUAGUGGCCGUCAUGCUUUGAGAGACCGAUUGAAAGAGCUUGGUUACGAGCUUGAUGAUGAACAGCUUGGGAACAUAUUCUGGCGCUUCAAAGCAGUAGCUGAACAAAAGAAGAGAGUCAACGACGCUGAUCUAAUAGCAUUGCUUUCGGAUGAAGUUUUUCAACCAGAAGUUGUUUGGAAGCUAAAUGAUCUGCAGGUUACUUGUGGAACUCUUGGUCUUUCUACCGCAACAAUUAAACUCACAGGUGCUGAUGGGAGGGAGCAUGUCGCAUGCUCAGUUGGAACUGGGCCAGUAGAUUCAGCUUAUAAAGCCGUCGAUCUCAUUAUAAAGGAACCAGUCACACUUCUCGAAUACUCAAUGAACGCUGUUACAGAAGGCAUUGAUGCUAUCGCCACCACCCGCGUCCUAAUUGGCGCAGAAAAAGGUCACAUAUCGACUCAUGCUUUGACUGGCGAACUAGUUUAUCGAACAUUUAGUGGAACUGGAGCAGGAAUGGAUAUAGUUGUUUCCAGUGUCAAGGCUUAUAUUGGUGCAUUAAAUAAGAUGUUAGGUUUCAAGAAGCAAUAUCGAACAAAGGCUUCUAUAGAAAGAACUGCAGUUUCUGCUUUAGAAGUAAAACAGUGAUAAUGCUUUGAAAGGUUUUUGCAUAUAAGUUUCAGAGACAGAAUUGUUCUUAUGUUUAAGAAGCCACAUUGUUGGUUUUUGUUCUUUCUCAAGGAAUUGUCGAAGCUGAGUGAAGCAUCGUUUGAUAAUAUUAAUGACAAACAAGUUUCCUCGAAUAAAGAUCAGAGAUGUAAACAAAUCGGAAAUGAAUGAAUAAAAAUAUAUUUGUAAUAUGUUUGUUAAUUUUUGAAAGUA